GAAAUCACGACCGGCGCCCUAGACCCCAUUUGUCGAUGGUAUGAAGGCCACCUCGAUCUGUGAUGGUCCCCAGGACAAGGAGCCGGGCGAACACGCCCAGGGUGGAAACAUGCGGCGCCCAGAUCUCCUGGGGGGUUCGAGUAAGGUGUUCUCCAGCGGGCUCUGGGGGUCCUGCGAGAUGUACACGCAGCUCUGCCGCGACCUCGCGUCUGGUGGGGCCAUUGUUGUCGCCAUCGAGCACGAGGAUGGCAGCGGCCUCCACGCUGUCGACGGCACCUCGGGUCAGCGCAUCGCUUACGUGCGGCCGCCGAACGGAUCCGACCCGCGCGUGUUCCGGCGGCCCUUCCUGGAAACCCGUGCCGAGGAGCUGCGGCACGCCGCGGCGGCCCUGGCGAGCGCCGCGGGGCAGCAGGCCGGCGCCCCGGCCGCCGCGGAGGAGCGCCCGGGCGCGGAGGCGCUGGCCGCCCUGCUGCGGUGCGGCGACCCGGACAGGAUGCUGCUCGUGGGGCACUCCUUCGGCGCCUCCAGCGCGGUGGGCUUCCUGCGCCGGCUGCGGGAGCGGGGGGAGCCCUGCCCGUACAAGGGCGUGCUGCUGAUGGACUUCUGGUCCGAGUGCCUGGAGGAGGCGGACUUCGCGAGGCCGCAGGUGCCUGUCGCGAUGCUCCUGUCGGAGGAGUGGCAGCGGAGCCCCAAGCUCGUGGCCGGCCUCCGCGCCCUGGCGGAGGCCUGCGGGGACCGGAUGCAGGCGGCCGCCGUCUGCCCGGGCACGAGGCACCAGUGGGUCUCCGAGUCGCACCUCUUCCUGCCCGCGCGCGUGCUGCGGCGGAUCGGCAUCAUGGGGCCCGCCGAGCACGCCCGGUCCUACCGCGCCACCGCCCGCGCGGCGCUGCUGGCCGCGGAGCAGCUGCUCGCCGCCGGCGGCGGGGGCGGCGGCGCCGAUGCCUCGGCUGAGGGGGCGGCCGCCGCACGGCUGCGGGCGGAGCUGGCGGAGGUGGACCGCGAGGCGGUGCGGCUGUUCGAGUGAGGCGUCCCCGGAGACGUGCUCGCGGUCUCAACCUCCUCCUCCUCCUCCUCCUCCUCCUCCU